AUGUCUGGGAGAGGCGAAUUCAAGAAGAGAGGUAGAAGUCAAUUGAGAACAAUACAGCGUUCCAAGUAUGCUAAGAAAAGAAAUAGUGGCAGGAAUUAUGAUACUAACACAAAACAUAAUGAUGAAUCUAAACCUGCUGAUGCUCUUGUAAGUGGUGAAGAAGCCGAGAGUGAGAGUGACGAUGCUAAAGAUGAAGAAGAUGUGGGUAAGAAGAGAAACCAGGUCUAUGGUGCUUUGUUGACUAUUUUGAAAUCAGAACAUCCAGAAAAGAAGAAGCAGAAGAAGAAGUUUAACCAGGAAAAAGAGGAUGCUUACAAUGCUUCAGAUGAUGAGUAUAAUGUUUCCGAUAAACAAGAAAUUGAAAAUGGUCUUGAAGACCAACAAGAUGACAACGAAGAUGAAAACGAAAAUGAUAUGGAGAAUAUGGAGAAUGAUGAUGAAUCCGAUGAUGAUACCGAUCUAUUUGAUAUUCAUUUUAAUCAAGUUCCUGAAAAUGUUGUAGACAAAAUUAGUAAUGGUUUUGAUAACAAAAAAAUCAAAUAUGUCUCAAAGAAGAUUCAGUUACCGCAUCAUGAGAAAGAUUUCUUCAUUUAUUCUAAGCCAAUAGUAGAUGAUGGAAAUAAACACAAAGUUGAAUCACCUAUCAAAAAGUCAUCAUUAGAUUCCUAUUUUAUUAAAAAGAGACUUGAGAUUACUAACAAUUUAUUGGAUGGGAAAGACAAUUUAACCAAAUUGCAAAAAUCUUUGGUAGAUCCAAUGUUCCAAUAUGUAGAUAUACUUCACGAAUAUGAAAAUUAUGGUUCUGAUGAGCAAGAGUACAGAGAAUUAUAUACUCUCCAUAUAUUAAACCAUUUGUAUAAAACUAGAGAUAAGGUUUUAAAGGACAAUCAACGUUUACAAGAAAAUAAUGAAUCGGAGUUCUUGGAUCAAGGUUUUACUAGACCAAAAGUUUUAAUUGUGGUGCCAACAAGAGAUACUGCAUAUAAUGUUGUUGAAACGAUCAUUAGAAAAUCCGGCCUAGACCAAGUCGAGAAGAAAGGUAAAUUUAAGAGUCAGUUCUUUGAAGACUCGUUGCCACCUUCGUCGAAGCCUAAAUCUUUUCAAAGUAUUUUCAAGGGUAAUACCAAUGAUUUUUUUGUACUUGGUCUUAAAUUUACCAGAAAAGCUUUAAAGCUGUACAGUAACUUUUAUCAGUCAGACGUAAUUAUAUGUUCUCCUUUGGGUUUACAUAUGAUAACUGAAAAUACAGAUAAAAAGAAGAAACAAGAUGAUUUUUUGUCGUCAAUUGAAAUUACUAUUUUAGAUCAAUUACACAGUAUGGAAUAUCAAAACAUAAGUCAUAUCAUGAAUAUAUUUGAACAUUUAAAUAAAAUUCCAAGAGAGCAACAUGAUGCAGAUUUCAGUAGAAUUAGAAUGUGGUAUAUUAAUGACCAAGCACGCUUAUUUAGACAAACAAUGAUAUUCACAAAAUAUGUGUCCCCUACAGCAAAUGCAAUGAUUAAUGGUAAGUGUAGAAAUAUUGCAGGUAGAUGGAGAAACAAAAUUCAACUUACUUCAGAAGAAUCAAGCUUAGGUAAGUUAGGUCUAAAAAUUAGACAAAUUUUCCAAAGAUUUGAUUUAGUUGGUGGGACUUUGGCAGAUGAACCUGAUUUUAGAUUUAAAUUUUUUGUUAGCGUUGUAAUGAAUAGCAUAUUAAAAUCUACAGGGUAUGAGGAUGGUAUUCUAGUUUACAUACCUAACUAUAGUGAUUAUAUGAGGGUCAGGAAUUAUAUGAAAGAAAAGACGACGUUAUUAUUUGGUGAUAUUAAUGAAUAUUCUGAUCAAAGAGAAUUAAACUCAAAUAGAUCUCUUUUCCAACAAGGGCGUGUUAAAGUAUUAUUAUAUACAGAAAGAUUACAUCAUUAUAGAAGAUAUGAAAUCAAAGGUGUUAAAAGUGUAAUCUUUUAUGGUCCACCAACAAAUCCAGAAUUUUAUAACGAAGUUGUCAGAUUUAUUGGUAAAAAUGCAUUCUUGGGUAAUGUUGAUAUUAAUAUAGCAACAGUUAGAAUGGUUUAUUCUAAGUUAGAUUCAUUGUCAUUAGAGAGGAUAGUCGGGACCCAGAGAGCAGCAGUACUCUCUCGUGCGGAGAACGAAGUCUACGAAUUUAAAUAG